CCUCUUCCCCCUCUUCCCCUGUCCCAACCUCCGCCGCUCUCAGCCCUGCCAUUCAGUGGAACGACUUGGCAGGCUCCAGGCGCAGCUACAGAGCCAAAGUCAGAUGAUCGAGGCACUUUCACCAAAACAUGCGAUCAAUGGAAAGAGACAGACUUGCGCAGCAGCGGCAAAUGCAGAUAUUGCAAGAGGAGGUGCGUCACCUGCGGGAAAGACAGAAGAGAGGGGGAGGGAUGGGAGAAGAGGGGCACGACGCCCGGGUGUGGAGAGAAGGAUGGAGGAGUGGAAGAGGGAGGUAACCCACGAACUGAGCAGCCUGCGGGGUCACGUCAACAGAAAUACAUCGCUAGGCAACCUGGAGGAGAGUUUCAGCUCCAAACUACGCAGAGAGGAGGUUGACCAGCUGAGGAGAGAGGUUGACCAGUUCAAGAGCAAACUGAUGAGACAGGAGGAGGAUAUGUUCCAGCAACAGUCUGAGGCUAGGGAAACACGGAGACAAUAUGAACGCAGCUGCAAGAUGUUGGAGGGUCUGACAGACAGCUACCGCACACACAGCUUCGACCUGGCCAGGACCGUGUCCCAGUACCAGAACACACAACAGGAAGUACGGACAAUCAGGGUGACCGUAUCUGAGCUGAAGGAUGAAGUGAGAGGACUGAUUCUACGUGACAGGCUCCCAACACCCGCAGCAGCUCCUUCGAGACCAGCGUUUGCCUCAGCGGUAGCCGUGGAAACCAUCCCCCGGAGGCAGGCGGUGGUGCCGUCCGCGGUGGCGGCGGCGGCGGCCUCAGACUCUGACAAUGACUACAGCCCCACCCCCAGCCUGGGGGAGGUGAGCUCAGAUGAUCUGGACCUGUCCUGGCCUUCUGAGCCAGAGCCUGUUCGCAGGCGAAAUGAGCGUCGGGGAAAUCCAGCCAUCCGGUUACCUGGAAGUGACAUCAGUGACUUUGGAAGUGGACUUGAGGAUGGUGACGAUGACGGUGGUGUGUUUAGACGACUGUCAGACAGUCCACCUGAACUUAGUCUCAGCGACCUUUGACCUCUGAGCAGGAAGUGACUCAACUUUUUAAUAGAACUAUGGUGGACAACAUCCACAGACUCAUGUACUAUGAAGGGGAACAUUUUCAGAGGUGAAGUACAGACUGGUGAAGUUAUAAUUCUAGAGCUCUGUGCUGGCUUCAGGCACUUUUGAAGAGUCGCACAAACACAGAGUAUUAGAGUAUAAUAGUUCAGUUAUUCAUCUGUUAUAUUACAUUGUGAAUGGCCCAUGGUAUGAAAUCAGGAAGUGCUACAUAAAAACCACAAGGCGUAUUGUUCUUUUACUGUAGCUUAACAGCAGCACCAGCAGACUGAGAAUGUGUAGUCGUUAUUAAGGUUACACCAUUAUCAGGGGAUAUCGGUAUCAGGAUUUUGCUGGAAGUGGCGAGGGACAAAAUUGCCAUCAUAUUUUUUGCAUCGUCAAAAGACUUAACUAUGUGGUGCUAUUACCUGUCCGGAAUGGGAGGAGAAUACAAUUCAGAGCUGUUUGAAGAUGUCCUUGCUUUCAACUGGGCAGUGUAGUCCACCGCACAUUUAAAUGACUUUUCCAUUCACCGCUAAAGUGACAGUAUUAAGCAGAGUAAGAGAUUGCAGGAAAGAGAAUGAUUAUUUUCCAAAUUGCUGGCUGAAGGUUGGCCCCAUUUGUGUGCUGACCUAGUGUUGAGCGCAAAGUCAAACUAUUGUCCUCGGACAUAAAAUGAAAAAGCUUGUUUCUGUCUGCUUGUGCAGACACCCUUGUAAGGGGGGCAGAAAGGGCCCAAAAAGGAGCCCUGCCACCCUGACAAAGACUUCAUUAACCCCCUCCCCCCAUUCCUAAAUCCCCUGUCCUUUCCCACCCUGUCCCAUGUAAAUGCAUUAAGAUCAGGGCUACAUGUUGGCUUACAUCGCUGACGUUCCCAAAGGCUGUUUAAUAUUUCAGGCCCGGUCCGGCUGCUCUCUCGCUGCAUCCUGCCUAAUUAAUGCAGCGGGGACCUGGGCUGUGUCCAGCAGCCAGACACCCCCCACGGAGGGAAGAGCCCGAGCAGACCCCGCAGACCCCGCCGCCACGGCUUCUCCCCCAGCAGGAGGAGGAGUGGAGGGGUGGAUCUGCAACACAGAUGUGCUCGCUCACGGAUGGCAAAGGAGCCCCAGCACAAAGACACCACUUUAAAACGGUUUGACUGCUGGGUCGAAGCCUGUUAUUUGUUAUUAAUGAACAGUGGGGCAGUGCUGUAAGUGCAGCGGUAUUAAUUCUUGUUUUGAGCCACAGUAACAUCACCAUCAGUAGCUGCUAACAAG